AUGUCUUCUAUCAUAAAAUUUCAUUGUGCGUUAAUAAAAAAUCUAAAGUUAUCAAAGCGGAAUUUCACACAGAAUGAAUGUGAUAGCGAAAAUAAAAAAAACUGGAACUAUACUUUGAAAAAAUUAGUAUUCAAUUGGUCAGGAUACAACAAAUUCGGGCUUUACACACAUGAUGUUAUAGAUUAUGACAAUCCUAUAGUACGCGAAGCGCUACGUCGAUUACCAAUGGAUAUAUUGGACGCUAGGAAUUUCAGGCUCAUAAGUGCUAUGCAACUGAGUUUUCUGAGGAUACAACUGCCUAAAGAAAAGUGGAUCACAUUUGAACAGGAUUUGGAGAAUCGGUACCUUGAUACGUAUAUGAAGGAGAUCGAGGCUGAACAAGCUGAGAAAGAUGAGUUUGAUUACAAUGAUAACGAUUCGCCAGCUAAUAAAGUAAAAUAA